CAUUUGGAACCAUCAUCUGAGAACAAUACAGCUGAAGAUCAUCAGGGCCAUGCUUGCAUCAUUCCACGUAUUCGCAACGUGAAUAAGCACGGAUUCGACAUCCAGUUUCGCUCGCCAUUGCGCAAAGACCCGCGUCUCGUAACGACAUCAUCCUCCAAG